GGCAAACUGGCAAAUGGAUCUUUGUCUUCCCCCUGACACGAUUUUCCCAAUUUCUAAUCACGAUUUUCCGAUCAGAACAAAUGUCGAAAUAUAUCCUGACACUAAUAUUUCUUUGCGCCAAACGUAAGAAUGAAGCGUCGAUAAUUUGGUAGCUUUUUCUACCCUCUUUCUUAUAUUAAUCUUCCAUUCCCUUUAAUUUCUCAUCGAAACAUUACUGUAAUUUUGUACAUAGAUUUGACGCCAUUGAUGAUCCUCACCUGUUUAUUUACCAUGUGACGAAGACAAUUUUGCAAAAUUAGGGUUUUCCAAUCUCAAUUUUCCCCCUUUAUCUCUUCCGCCAAAUGAAUUCCUUUGUGCAAAACACUUAACUUGUAUAGAGAUACCCCUUCAGUGUGUUAUCUUUAAUUCAUUACUUAAUUGCUUUAUCCUCUGUUAAAUUGUUGGAUAAAAUUGUAAAGCAGGUUUCCAACCUACUAUUGUUACCAAUGGUGCUAUGGUUAAAGGGUUUUAUAGGAUAGGCGACAAUGCGGGUGUUCUUAACUUACUUAGGAAGAUGCAAUGUAGUUAUGAUACGCCUGAUCAUGUUAUGUAUAGCACGAUUAUCGAUAGUCUUUGUAAGGAUAGGAUGCUAAAAGAGGCCAUGGACUUGCUUUCGCUACGAAAAGCGAGUGCGUUGAACCCAAUGUUGUUACUUAUACCUUCUUGGUUCUAGGCCCCUGUCAUUCUGGCUUUCGAGUAGUGGCUAAAAGUUAUGUUAGAUGAGAUGUUGGACAGUAAUGUUGCACACUUGCAAUGAUACUCCUACCUUCAACAUGCUGCUGGACAGUAUUGAAUACCUCAAAUGAAAAGGGGGGUAUUGAUGAAGCACAAACCGGUUUCACACUUCAUGAUUGAGAGAGGUGAGGCUCCAGACAGCAUUACUUACAGUGCAGUACUCGAUGGUCAUUGUUUGCGUGGCCAGAUAGAUAGAAGAUGCUGAGAAACUACUUGAUCUCAUGGUCUAAAAUGGCUGUGAGCCUAAUGUUGUAAGUUUCAGUACUAUAAUUACUGGAUAUUCCAAAACUAGAAACAUUGAGAAGGCCUUCAUUUAUUUCAACAAAUAAUUCAGAAUGGGAAGACACCUGAAUUUGUCACUUGUUCUACUCUUAUUGAUGGACUGUGCAAAGCGAAUGGAAUGCUGUCACGUAUGCUUCAUUGCUUGAUGGCGUAUGCCUAAUUUUUCUGCUUGAUGAUGCAGUGCAUGGAGGAUAACGGUGUCGAGCCUGAUAUCAUCAUCUGUGGUCUCCUAAUGGAUAGUUUGUGUGAGGCCGGAUGACUUGAACAUACAGCAAAAUUUGGCUCUGAUAUUGUAUUGAAGGGCUGCAACCUGAUUAUGAUAUACAUGAUAUUGGUUAAAGGCUUUUGCUAGAAAGGGCACACGGGUGAAGCUAUUCAAUUGUUGAGUAAAAUGGAGAAAGACAGUUGCUCCCUUGAUGAUAAUGUUUAUGAUUCAAUCAUCAGAAAUGACUUGUGAAAGGCAUUAUACUAAUAUGAUCUCAUGGUGAGCAAGGGAUUGGAGGCUGAUGCUGACACUUUUCUGUCUUUUGGUAAGUUAAGUGACUCAUUAAUCAACUGUGGGAGAUUUUGGAGCUAUGAUAAUCAAGAAGUUUUGGUUCAGGUAUCCGAGUAAGCAUUCUAUAUGGGCAUUAGAGAUGACUGAUUUUCUGUAUUUUUUACUUAGUUUCAUGUAUGUGAUUCCUAGAUACAUAUUCAUUGAGCUAAUUGGAGCUUGCUGGCAUGUCUAUUGCUUCUGGUACCUUGAUUAUUGUUGCCUACUUUGAUCUUUUUGUUAGACCAGCUUCUGGAAAAGGCUAUAUAUUUGUGGAAACCUGACCUUCUUUUGUGAAGAAAAAUCAAUAUCCACUUCAACAUUAUCUUCCUUAUCAUUCUUUAUGCCCCCAGCCCCUUUCUGUGCGUGUACAUUAUUAGAUUUUCUUAACAAUUUGGGGGGGGGGGGUAACUUAGCUGUAAAUUGAGGUCUAGAUAACAUUCCAUUUCUUAUUCUACUUCUACUAUACUAAACACACCUUGUUGGAUUUGGAAAAUAAUGGGCAUUUGACAGCUGAAAACUGAGAGCACUAUCCCAUCUUAAGAUUCUCUUAUCAUCUUGCGACUUUGAUCAUUCUAAAAGAUCAGUAUGAGGAUAAUAACUCACCAGCAUAAGACUAUAAGAAGUUUGCAUAUGGAUUAGGCCUUGUAAAAGUUGACCCGACCAUUAAACCCGGCCUGAAUGUAAUUAUGAAAUAGAGGCUUUUGAUAGUUAUGAAUUAUGAUACCAUCUGGGUCUGAUCCUUUGAGAUUGUGGCAAAGACACCACAAGAGUGAGGUUGCUAACUUAAGAUUAGUAUUAGAGAUGUUUUUUUGGGUUGAGAAAUUUUUCCAGCCCUCACUCUAUGCCUUGGUCUAGGCUCAAGUUGAUUCAGUACCCAGUAUAUCUACACUUCACAUGAAGCGUUUCUACAUCUAUUCAAUUUCAUCAUUAAGGGCUAGGAACAAAAAAGGAAAAUGACUGCAUUCUGUUUCUUACAUUAGUGAAAUUAAUGGUUUGAUUUUGUGUGUUCUUUUCCGUACUCUCUGCAGUAUAAAAUAGAUUACUUAUCUGACAGAUAAGCAGCCAAUAUUAAGAGGAAUAUAUGAAAACUGUUUCAGAAUACUGAGCAAAAAAUAUUAUUCCCUGUGUCUGUCCCAGAAUACUCUUUAUACUUAUCAUGUUGCAUAUAUAUUUUUAGGAGACAAGUUGUUUUUUGUUUAUCAAUUGUUGAUAUUAUUGAUAAAGUUAAUGUGAUAUGAGUUAGUUAUUUAGGGUAAUUGGGACCCUAACUUUCUAGUAGCUAGGAAGAGAUGUAUUAAGAUAUUAGUUUACCAAUUAUAAAAGUGUAACGAGCAUUACGGGAUGGAUGAAAAAGGAAAGUGUACAAUAGGUCUGUAGUAUGAAAGAUCAACUAGUGUUAAAAAUUUGACUAACAAGUAUUAUAUAAGAAGUGAAUAUUAUUCUGGACCACGAGAAUUUUAGUUAGUGGCUGUUAAUAAUGCAUUAGUGAUUUAGUGUCUGAAGAUUAUGGGAAUAUCAUACUUCAAAUUUGCGUUUAUUUUUCAAUUUACAAAAUGCAGACUCAAAGAAAAGCUAUGUUAUUAAAUUAUGACCUUGUGGAGAUUGGCUUGUUGAAGAAUACACAUAAAUCAUGUGAUGUAAGUGCUUAGUGACCUUUAUUUAUCAAAAUUAUCUUUCUCCCCUCUAACUAUAUACUAGUACAUCAUAAUCAUUUUGUAUUUCCCACCCAUGGUCCAUUUCAUCUGGAGCUAAAACUUUUAUUCUCUGGCUUUUGAUCAAUAUGGAGUGCAUCAAAGUGGCUAAUUGUAAACGUCUAUGAAUUUAAUAAUCAAAUAGCAAAUCUUCAGGGUUUUGUGGAUUAGGAAUCUAUUGUGAAUGCUGACGCUGAUGUUUAUAUCAUUGACUUUGUAUUUACCACUCUGUAUUGUUUGUGCGCCAUGAAUACUUUCUUGCUUUUGCCAAUAUCUUUUGCUCUUUGUUUUUCAAUGAAAAUCUCUUUUACCUUAGCCGCACAUAUGCUGCUUCUACGUAUAAUUUCCUUGACAAUUUUACUGUCUCCAACAUGGCUUCUGCUUGUUCUUCCAUGUCUAGUGCGAGCCUCAUUUUUGCUUUCACAACCAGCCACAAUGCUCACUGCUGCCAAUACUACUUUGUCUGGAUGUCCACGUGAGUGUGGAAAUUUGACAAUCCCUUACCCUUUUGGUAUUGGGAGAGGCUGCUCCUUGGGGGAUAACUAUGUUAUCCUCUGUGAUGUCCAAAAGAAUUACACUGUACCUAGAUUUCCUGGUAGACAGAUCCUUGAUAUAUCUGAGACCCAGUUGACAGUUACAGUUCAUCCUGCUGCUUCUUCUUGUGACACUGUAGAAACAGGAUCAGGUGAAGAAAACACCUGGUAUACGAUUGAUCUGACAGCCCUGCCUUAUUCAGUGUCGUACACCUCCAACAAGUUUGUGGUCAUUGGUUGCCAUCACUAUGGAUUGAUCGAGGCACAAACAAUGACUGGCCGGGAAGUUUUUAGCUGUGUUGCCUUGUGUACUAGAGAAGGGGACAGAAAUAAUGAGAUGUGCUCUGGCAUUGGUUGUUGUGAAGCUCCUAUUCCGAAGGGCUUACGUGCCUGGAAUAGUAGUCUAGAAAGGAUAUAUUACAAUACAACUGUUUCAUCAGGGAAUUGCAGCUAUUCCUUCAUACUUGAAAAAUCAAGCUUUAAAAUUCGGGGGUUCCUAGAUGCUGGACAUCUGAAAAGAGUUCCUCUAGUGCUUGACUGGUUUAUUACUGAUGAGUUGUGUAAAAAUGCUCAGAAGAACGCAACUACUUUUGCAUGCCAAGAGAAUACAACCUGCAUUGAUCUUGAUCAGGAACUCGGUGUUGUAGGAUAUAGAUGUAGAUGUCUUCAUGGAUAUCAGGGUAAUCCUUAUCUUAGUUCGGGUUGUACAGAUAUUGACGAGUGUAUUGGGGCAGAUAAUCCUUGUUCUGGCACUUGUGUCAAUUAUCCAGGUAGCUAUGAAUGUCGCUGCUCAACUGGUUAUUAUGGUGAUGGCAGGAAAGAUGGAACUGGUUGUCGUGCAAACAGUUUGAAAUUGUUCUUCGGUCUUGGACUUGGCUUGGGCUUGGGAUCUAUACUUUUCUUGCUCAGUGGGUUUUGGCUUUUCAUUUUAGCUCGAAGAAGGAGGGAGAUAAUGGAAAGAGCUAAAAACUUUAAACAAAACGGUGGUUAUUUGUUGCAACAGCAAAUGUCGUCCAAGGAUGGUAUAGUAGAAAGAACAAGAAUUUUCACUGCUGGAGAGCUAGAGAAAGCUACUGAUAAUUUCAAUGAAGACAGAGUUCUUGGUCAGGGAGGUCAAGGUACAGUUUAUAAAGGUAUGUUGAGUGAUGGAAAUAUUGUUGCCAUAAAAAAGUCCAAGAUAGGAGAUCAAAGCCAGUUGGGUCAAUUUAUCAAUGAGGUGGUUAUCCUGUCCCAAAUCAACCAUAGAAAUAUAGUCAAGCUAUUAGGAUGUUGUUUGGAGACACAAGUUCCUCUGCUAGUAUAUGAAUUUGUUCCAAACGGGACUCUUUCUAAGUAUAUCCAUGACCCUAGUGAAGAUCUCCCGGUUACAUGGGAAAUGCGGUUACAAAUUGCUAUAGAAUUAGCCGGAGCUCUUUCUUACUUGCACUCUGCAACCUCACAGCCCAUUUUCCAUAGAGACAUUAAAUCCACCAAUAUACUGCUUGACGCGAAAUACAGAGCUAAACUAUCAGAUUUUGGAACAUCAAGAUCUAUUGCUACUGAGAAAAGUCAUUUAACCACUUGUGUCCAAGGCACAAUUGGAUAUCUAGAUCCUGAAUACUUCCAAUCCCACCAAUUCACUGACAAGAGUGAUGUUUAUAGCUUUGGGGUGGUUCUUGUGGAGCUUUUGACAGGGUCAAAGGCUAUUCGUCGCACUGACUCUCUUCGCGGACAGAGCCUAGUGUGGUGGUUUCUGUCAGCUAUGGAAAAUUUGCACUUGUAUGAUAUAUUGGCUGUUCGAGUUGCAAAAGAGGGUAAGAAAGAAAGCAUCCUUGCCACUGCCAAUCUUGCUAAGCAGUGUUUGAAGAUGGAUGGGAGAGAAAGGCCUACAAUGAGAGAAGUUGCUUUACAGUUGGAGCUCAUCAGUAGACUGGAAGAUGUGACUGUUUCAAUUCAAAAACUCUGCCAGAGACCGAUGUGCAUAAAUUCAUAGAAAUUGAAGUGAUAUGAAGAAUUUGAGUGCUACACGACACUCUCAUUCUGCAGAAGUUCAUGGUCUACAUCUCAUGCAUGUUUCUUGUUUUUACUGAGCUAUAAGGUCCACACGAUAGCAAAUACAAUGUUUGAGGCUGUUAAAUUAUAUAAUAUGGUUAUCUUUUUUCUGCAAAAGGAUCUUUGAGUUUGAUUUAUACUUGAUGCAAAUUCUUUUUGUUAGUCUUGUGAAUUCAAAUAUAUACCUUUGAAAGAGGAUCACUUUUCUGUUUCACUUGAGUUGCUACCAGGCAGUUCUAUAAAUCAAUAGAGGGGAGAUGUUUUUGACCAAGUAAUUUUUUUUGUAAACUAAGGACUCAACUUCUUGUGCUAGUUUCAUACAUCAUGAAUCCUCUUAUCGUGGGCUGAGCUAAAGCUUUUUCUACAGUUAUAAUAUGUCUAACUAUCGGUCCUGUACUCCUGUUGUAUCUUGAGAUGAACAUGUCCUGUUGUAUCUUGAGAUGAACAUGAAUUUCCAUUUUCUUCUUCUUACUGAUUCUAGAUAAAAAAGCUGGAAGUGAUGACUGGUGAGUCAUCUUUGAAAAGAUAGACAAGAAUUUUAAUCAUCGGAGGAAGAGGAUUAAUUUUUUGGGCAUUCUCUGUUUGUUUGCAUUGUUAAAAGAAGAUAACUCAAGGAGGAAAGUGCUGAAGGUUUUCUGAUUGGACACUCAUGCAGCAUGAAGCCUCCUUUAUC